UCUUCUUUUUCUCUCUCUCUCGUUUAGCAUUCUCAUGAGAUUAUAGAUUAGGGUUUUAGAAAGAUAGAUCAAUGAGGAAAGGUAAGACAGUGAUAAAAAGGAUAGAGGAUAAGAUAAGGAGGCAAGUGACAUUCGCAAAGAGAAGAAAGAGUCUGAUAAAGAAGGCUCAUGAACUCUCUGUUCUCUGCGAUGUCCCCCUUGGUCUCAUCAUCUUCUCUUACUCCAACAAGCUCUAUGAGUUCUGCUCCAGCUCCACCAGCAUGGAGAAUCUCAUCAUGAGAUACCAAAAGGAAAAAGAAGUUGGUCAUACCUCUGCAGAUCACAGUUUCCACCCUGCAGAUCAGUCUUCAAACUGUGCGAAGACGAAAGACUCAAUGAUGAGAGAGAUCGAGAAUCUUAAGAUCAAUCUUCAGCUGUACGAUGGACAUGGCUUGAAUCUCUUAACCUACGACGAGCUCCUUCAGUUUGAACUUCAUCUAGAAUCCUCUCUUCAACAUGCCCGAGCUCGUAAGGUAUAUAUUUAUACGUACACACACACACUCUAUAAAUGA